AUGACCCUCACCCUCACUCGACCCUCACUCGAUCCUCACUCGCCCCUCACUCCACCCUCACUCGCCCCUCACUCGACCCUCACUCGAUCCUCACUCGCCCCUCACUCCACCCUCACUCGCCCCUCACUCGCCCCUCACUCGACCCUCACUCGCCCCUCACUCGCCCCUCACUCGCCCCUCACUCGCCCCUCACUCGCUCCUCACUCGCUCCUCACUCGCCCCUCACUCGCCCCUCACUCGCCCCUCACUCGCCCCUCACUCCACCCUCACUCCACCCUCACUCGCCCCUCACUCGACCCUCACUCGACCCUCACUCACCCCUCACUCCACCCUCACUCGCCCCUCACUCGACCCUCACUCGACCCUCACUCGCCCCUCACUCCACCCUCACUCCACCCUCACUCGCCCCUCACUCCACCCUCACUCCACCCUCACUCGCCCCUCACUCGCCCCUCACUCGCCCCUCACUCCACCCUCACUCGCCCCUCACUCGCCCCUCACUCGCCCCUCACUCGCUCCUCACUCGCUCCUCACUCCACCCUCACUCGCUCCUCACUCCACCCUCACUCGCUCCUCACUCCACCCUCACUUGCUCCUCACUCGCCCCUCACUCGCCCCUCACUCCACCCUCACUCGCCCCUCACUCGCCCCUCACUCGCCCCUCACUCGCCCCUCACUCCACCCUCACUCCCCCUCACUCGCCCCUCACUCCACCCUCACUCGCCCCUCACUCCACCCUCACUCCACCCUCACUCGCCCCUCACUCGCCCUCACUCGACCCUCACUCGACCCUCACUCGACCCUCACUCGACCCUCACUCGCCCCUCACUCGCCCCUCACUCCACCCUCACUCGCCCCUCACUCGACCCUCACUCGCCCCUCACUCGCCCCUCACUCCACCCUCACUCGCCCCUCACUCCACCCUCACUCCACCCUCACUCGCCCCUCACUCCACCCUCACUCGCCCCUCACUCGCCCCUCACUCGCCCCUCACUCCACCCUCACUCGCCCCUCACUCGCCCCUCACUCCACCCUCACUCGCCCCUCACUCGACCCUCACUCGCCCCUCACUCCACCCUCACUCGCCCCUCACUCGCCCCUCACUCCACCCUCACUCGCCCCUCACUCGCCCCUCACUCGACCCUCACUCGACCCUCACUCGACCCUCACUCGCCCCUCACUCGCCCCUCACUCGCCCCUCACUCCACCCUCACUCGCCCCUCACUCGACCCUCACUCGACCCUCACUCGACCCUCACUCGACCCUCACUCGACCCUCACUCGCCCCUCACUCGCCCUUCACUCGCCCCUCACUCGCCCCUCACUCGCCCCUCACUCCACCCUCACUCCACCCUCACUCGCCCCUCACUCCACCCUCACUCCACCCUCACUCGCCCCUCACUCGACCCUCACUCGCCCCUCACUCGCCCCUCACUCGCCCCUCACUCGCCCCACACUCCACCCUCACUCCACCCUCACUCGACCCUCACUCGACCCUCACUCCACCCUCACUCGCCCCUCACUCGCCCCUCACUCGCCCCUCACUCGCCCCUCACUCGACCCUCACUCGCCCCUCACUCCACCCUCACUCGCCCCUCACUCGCCCCUCACUCGCCCCUCACUCGCCCCUCACUCCACCCUCACUCCACCCUCACUCGCCCCUCACUCCACCCUCACUCGCCCCUCACUCGCCCCUCACUCGCCCCUCACUCCACCCUCACUCCACCCUCACUCGACCCUCACUCGCCCCUCACUCCACCCUCACUCGCUCCCCUCACUCGCUCCUCACUCGCUCCUCACUCGCCCCUCACUCCACCCUCACUCCACCCUCACUCGCCCCUCACUCCACCCUCACUCGACCCUCACUCCACCCUCACUCGACCCUCACUCGCCCCUCACUCCACCCUCACUCCACCCUCACUCCACCCUCACUCCACCCUCACUCGCUCCUCACUCCACCCUCACUCGCUCCUCACUCCACCCUCACUCGCCCCUCACUCCACCCUCAUCACUCCACCCUCACUCCACCCUCACACCCCACUCGACCCUCACUCCACCUCACUCCACCCUCACUCGCCCCUCACUCGCCCCUCACUCCACCCUCACUCGCCCCUCACUCGCCCCUCACUCCACCCUCACUCGCCCCUCACUCCACCCUCACUCGACCCUCACUCGCCCCUCACUCCACCCUCACUCGCCCCUCACUCGCCCCUCACUCGCCCCUCACUCCGCCCCUCACUCCACCCUCACUCCACCCUCACUCGCCCCUCACUCGCCCCUCACUCGCCCCUCACUCGCCCCUCACUCCACCCUCACUCGCCCCUCACUCGCCCCUCACUCGCCCCUCACUCCACCCUCACUCCACCCUCACUCCACCCUCACUUGCCCCUCACUUCACCCUCACUCGCCCCUCACUCCACGCUCACUCCACCCUCACUCGCCCCUCACUCGCCCCUCACUCGCCCCUCACUCGCCCCUCACUCCACCCUCACUCGCCCCUCACUCACCCCUCAGACCACAACCAUUCUUGUCCACAGCCUUGUUACUUCCUGUAUUGACUACUGCAAUUCCCUCCUCUUUGGUCUCCUCCAAAACUCUGCUGCCCACAUCAUCACCAGGACCCCCACCAUUCACCACAUCAUCACCUGUCUCCUCCUCUCUGUCCCCUCUCUCCUCCUCUCUCCUCCUCUCUCCUCCCCUCUGUCCCCCCUCUCCUCCUCUCUGUCCCCUCUCUCCCCCUCUCUCCUCCUCUGUCCCCUCUCUCCUCCUCUCUGUCCCCUCUCCUCCUCUCUGUCCCCUCUCUCCUCCUCUCUCCUCCUCUCUGCCCCCUCUCUCUGUCCCCCCUCUCCCCCUCUCUGUCCCCUCUCUCCUCCUCUGUCCCCUCUCCUCCUCUGUCCCCUCUCCUCCUCUGUCCCCUCUCCUCCUCUCUGUCCCCCCUCCUCUCUGUCCCCUCUCUCCUCCUCUCUGUCCCCUCUCCUCCUCUCUCCUCCUCUCUCCUCCCCUCUGUCCCCCCUCUCUGUCCCCUCUCUCCCCCUCUCUCCUCCUCUGUCCCCUCUCUCCUCCUCUCUGUCCCCUCUCCUCCUCUGUCCCCUCUCUCCUCCUCUCUCCUCCUCUCUGCCCCCUCUCUCUGUCCCCCCUCUCCCCCUCUCUGUCCCCUCUCUCCUCCUCUGUCCCCUCUCCUCCUCUCUGUCCCCCCUCCUCUCUGUCCCCUCUCUCCCCCUCUCUGUCCCCUCUCUCCUCCCCUCUGUCCCGUCUCUCCUCCCCUCUGUCCCGUCUCUCCUCCCCUCUGUCCCGUCUCUCCUCCCCUCUGUCCCGUCUCUCCUCCCCUCUGUCCCCCCUCUCCUCCUCUCUGUCCCCUCUCUCCUCCUCUCUGUCCCCUCUCUCCUCCUCUCUGUCCCCUCUCUCCUCCUCUCUGUCCCCUCUCUCCUCCUCUCUGUCCCCUCUCUCCUCCUCUCUGUCCCCUCUCUCCUCCUCUCUGUCCCCUCUCUCCUCCUCUCUGUCCCCUCUCUCCUCCUCUCUGUCCCCUCUCUCCUCCUCUCUGUCCCCUCUCUCCUCCUCUCUGUCCCCUCUCUCCUCCUCUCUGUCCCCUCUCCCCUCCUCUCUGUCCCCUCUCUCCUCCUCUCUGUCCCCUCUCUCCUCCUCUCUGUCCCCCCUCUCCUCCUCUCUGUCCCCCCUCUCCUCCUCUCUGUCCCCUCUCUCCGUCCCCUCUCUCCUCCUCUCUGUCCCCUCUCUCCUCCUCUCUGUCCCCUCUCUCCUCCUCUCUGUCCCCUCUCUCCUCCUCUCUCCCCCUCUCUGUCCCCUCUCUCCCCCUCUCUCCCCCUCUCUGUCCCCUCUCUCCCCCUCUCUGUCCCCUCUCUCCUCCUCUCUGUCCCCUCUCUCCUCCUCUCUGUCCCCUCUCUCCCCCUCUCUGUCCCCUCUCUGUCCCUCUCUGUCCCCUCUCUGUCCCCUCUCUGAGUCAAAUCCAGUUCAAAACUCACCUCACAUGACCAGUCACAUGACCAGUCACAUGACCAGUCACCCCAACACCUUUGUCCAGUUCUGCUGUUUUAGUUGUUUGUAA